GGUUUGACACCUCUGCCAGAAACUCAGCGAACGACAGUUUCCAUGCAAAGCACGAGGAGGCUCCAGCGUGUGCAAAGCAAUGUCAGAAGUGGGAUUGGAACCCACGCCUCCAGAGGAGACUGCGACCUGAACGCCAGCUGCCGAAGGAUCGUCCGGCAACGUGUUGAAGAAUGUUGUACUCACAGCCAAUCGCGUGGGAGCACUUCAACAUUUGCAGCCAAUCGCAGAGCGGAAGUUCAACAUUUUCAACAUUUGACCAAUCGUAGCGCAAGAGAAUGUCGAGGGCGCCCUGCCCCCGCUACCAAAAUCAUCCGAAGGCGAACGAUCUAUGACGAGAGGAAUGAAUGAAGAGGGAGUGUCAGAGGUCAGGAAGGUACAGUAGAAAGUUCACGACCUAAGAGCGAACAUCACUGCACGAACCUCUCCGUUUAUUUUACAAACAAGGAGUAUAUUUCUGACGGCGGUAUUAACGUUAAGAAUGCAUAACCUCAUCGCAUGAUUCAUGCAUGAACACUGUUUUGUUUUGUUUUGUUUUGUUUUGUGUUAAUGUUUAUUUAAUUAAGUACUUUGUUCAAAACGGUUUAGGACAAGAUGGCUACAAAAAGGUCACAUAAAGCCAUGUCGGACGCUGAAUGGGUUUCUCGUCUGAGAAAGUUUGCCAGCACAGGAGUCUGGCCAUCAGAUGGCAACAGGCCAGCUCCGAGGCAGAAGAAGUGGCACGAGAUUUAUCAAAGGAUUGAAAAAUGUCCGAUGCAAUCCCGUGGCCAGUUGACCUUGCUUGGAGCGGUCCAGAAGUGCACAUGUGGUUUUCACACUCAGAAGCCCACUGCCUCUUCUGAACAAACACAGAGGGUCAGAGAACAACAGCCUGCUGCUGCAGCGGCACAGGAGCAGAGCGAACCCCAGCCUCAGGCCCGGCCGCAGCCUUCACCAUCAAGGAUAACUCCGAGUUUGUCAAUGUUUACCAAACCAAGGUUUAGCGGGUCUCACAUUGCUGCAGCGAAGCCAAAUUUGAGUGCGGCUAGAAGACCAUCUCGUGUGGAUGACCAACCCAGCGCAGCAGUGUCCAGUGCCCCGAAACCAAGCACCACUGUCUCUACGCAGGACCCUGGAGUUCCAGCCUCUGUCCCCAGAACCACUCAAGAUGUGACCGCUCCUGCAGAGUCAUGCAGUAUCGUCUCCUGAUGAGAAAAGGCUAACAUAUUCACCAGCGGAGCAGCACCAGUACAAGCUACCCGAGAGCACGGCAGGCCAAGCAAAGCAGAGGCAGACUUCUGUUGGGCGACCCCUUCUCAGACCCAAAGCACCAGUUCCAAGCCAACCGUUGGUUACACCAUCAGUACCUGGAGCAUCACUGCAGAUGGUGACCAAUGUACUUGUGCCAGCAGCAGCAGGUUUCCAGAGUGUGCCCAUGUUCCAGUA